AUGGCAGCUCAUGCCGCUCGUCGUCUCGUUAUUUUGGGUGCGCCUGGUUCAGGUAAAGGAACAAUUGCUAGUCGAAUAGUAAAAACUUAUGGCAUGCCUCAUAUUGUUGUCGGUGAUUUGUUGCGUCAUAAUAUACAACAAAAAACAGAAUCAAGUAGAACAAUCAAAGAACAUAUUGACAAAGGACUUUUACUGCCAGAUGAUCUAGUUCUAACAUUCGUUGUAGACGAAUUAAAAAAAUUAGGUGAUAAAGGAUUUCUUCUUGAUGGUUAUCCUCGUACACUUAAACAAGCUGAAAUGUUGCACCGUAAAUUGAAAAUGGAUCAUGUUGUUGCAUUAAAUGUACCAAAUGAUGAAAUAGUUAAUCGUUUAAAAGAUCGUUGGAUUCAUCUUCCAAGUGGGCGUGUUUACAAUCUUUUGUACAAUCCACCUAAAGUUAAAGGUAAAGAUAACGAAACAGGUGAAACAUUAUCACAACGAGAAGACGAUAAACCAGAAGUUAUUCUUCAUAGAUUAGAAACAUACGAUAAAAAUACUAAUCCUAUCAUGGAAUUUUAUAAAAAACUAAAUAUAUUACAAGAAUUUCAUGGACGAGAAUCGGAUAAAAUAUGGCCAGAAGUUAAAAAAUGGUUAGAUAAAGUGUUGAAUGAACCGUCAAAAGCAGCUGCUUGA